UUAGGUGUUCCUGAAUCAGGAAAUGAGGAAGUGGAGAGUUUUCCUCCAUGUCAGAGCAGACGGAGCUCCAACUUUCUUCUUCUUCACUGUGAAGGCUGGAAGAAGGUGUGUGGGAGCUGAUCCUCAAUCCAGCAGCAUGGAUCAGUGGGAGGGAGCCCUUCCCUCUACAAAAAGGAGAGAUGGUAACCAUGACAACCAGAGCAAAGCUCAGAGUCUUCACAGGAACCAAUCUGGACCUGGAUCUGGAUCUGGAUCUGGAUCCAACUCGGGGUCCAAAAAGAGUGGGGACUCAGAGGAUUAUUUAACUACAUUCAGAAACAGCCGUUCAAGAGUGGAACAGAUAUCACAGAAAUUUCGAUCUGGAUCUGGAUCUGGAUCCAGCUGUGUGUCCUUCAAGAGUGACGUGUCAAAGGCUGGUAAUCCUGGCUUUAAGGACAUCAGUUCAGCAGUAGAACAGAACCAACCUGGUUCUGGUUCUGGAUCUGGAUCCAGCUGUUUGUCCUUCAAGAGUGACAGGUCAAAGGAAAAAAAUCCUGAAUUCAAGGACAUCAGUUCAGCAGUAGAUCAAGGUCAACAGGUCACACAGAGAGUCCAGUCUGCAGCAUCCAGCUGUGGAUCCAUGAAGAGUGACCGGUCCAAAGGGUUUCCUCCAGCCUUCAGAACUGAACCAGGACCUUCAGACUCACAGUAA